AUGACCCACAGGCACCCCACAGGGCCUGUCUGCAGCCUGACAUUUGUGGCCCUCCUGGUCAUCCUAAGCACAGAACUCCCAUCCCUGGGAGCCGGGAUACAGCUUCGAGACAAUGGGUAUGAUGGAGUCCUCGUGGCAAUAAAUCCUCAGGUAGCUGAGAAUCAGAGCCUCAUUUCAAACAUUCAGGAAAUGAUAACUGAAGCUUCUUUUUAUCUAUUCAAUGCUACCAAGAGAAGAGUGUUUUUCAGGAACAUACAGAUUUUAAUACCUGCAACAUGGAAAGCUAAUAAUUACAGCAAAGCAGUACUUGAAUCAUAUGAAAAGGCGAAUGUCCUCGUGACUGACUGGAAUGGGGCAUAUGGGGAUGACCCAUUUGCUCUGCAAUACAGAGGGUGUGGACAGGAGGGAAAGUACAUUCACUUCACACCUGCCUUCCUACUGAAUGAGAAAUUCACAGCAGGCUAUGGCGCACGAGGCAGAGUGUUUGUCCAUGAAUGGGCCCAUCUCCGUUGGGGAGUGUUUGAUGAAUAUAACAAUGACAAGCCUUUCUACAUAAAUGGGCAGAAUCAAAUUAAAGUAACAAGGUGUUCAUCUGACAUCACAGGCAUCUUUGUAUGUGAAAAAGGCCCUUGCCCCCAAGAAAACUGUAUCAUUAGUAAGCUUUUCAAAGAAGGAUGUGUGUUUGUCUACAACAGCACCCAAAAUGCCACUGCAUCAAUAAUGUUCAUGCAAAGUUUAUCUUCUGUGGUUGAAUUCUGUAACGCAAGUACCCACAACCAAGAAUCUCCUAACCGCCAGAACCAAAUAUGCAGCCUCUCAAGUGCAUGGGACAUAAUCACAGCCUCGGAUGACUUUAACCGCAGCGCUCCCUUGGGUGGGACCGAGCUCCCACCUCCUCCCACAUUCUCCCUUGUGCAGGCUGGUGACAAGGUGGUCUGUCUCGUGCUGGAUGUGUCCAGCAAGAUGGCCGAGGCUGACAGACUCCUUCGACUGCAACAAGCAGCAGAAUUUUUUUUGAUGCAGAUUGUGGAAAUUCACACUUUUGUGGGCACUGCCAGUUUCAGUAGCAAAGGAGAGAUCAGAGCCCCGCUACAGCAAAUUAACAGCCGCGAUGACCGAAAGCAGCUGGUUUCUCACCUGCCUACCACUGUGUCCACUGAAGCAGAAAUCAGCGUGUGCUCCGGACUAAAGAAGGGGUUUCAGGUGGUGGAAAAACUGAAUGGCAAAGCUUACGGCGCUGUGAUCAUAUUAGUGACCAGCGGGGCUGAUGAGCACGUUGGCAGCUGCUUGCACAGUGUGCUCACCAGCGGCUCAACCGUCCAUUCCAUCACCCUGGGAUCAUCGGCAGCCAGAAACCUGGAGGAAUUAGCACGUCGUACAGGAGGUUUAAAGUUCUUCAUUCCGGAUCAAUCAAACUCCAAUAGCAUGAUGGAUGCUUUCAGUAGAAUUUCCUCUGGAACUGGAGACAUUUUCCAGCAAAGUAUCCAGCUUGAAAGUACAAGUGAAAAUGUUAAACCUCACCAUCAACUCAGAAACACUGUGCUUGUGGAUAACAGUGUGGGCAAUGGCACUGUCUUUCUAGUCACGUGGCAGACCAGCGGUCCCCCUGAGAUUGUACUAUUCGAUCCUAAUGGAAGAAAAUACCACAUAAACAGUUUCAUCACCAACCCAGCUUUCCAGACAGCUAGUCUUUGGAUUCCAGGAACUGCUAAGCCUGGGCCCUGGACUUACAUACUGAACAAUACCCACCAUUCUCCUCAAGCCCUAAAAAUGACAGUGGCCUCUCGUGCCUCCAGCUCAGCUGUACCCCCAGUCACUGUGGAAGCCUUUGUAGACAGAGAUACCACGAGUUUUCCCCACCCUGUGAUGAUUUAUGCAAACGUGAGAAAGGGGUCUUAUCCCAUCUGGAAUGCCACUGUAACCGCUACCAUUGAGCCAGAGACUGGAGAGCCUGUUAGGCUGAAACUUCUUGAUGAUGGAGCAGGUGCUGAUAUUAUAAAAGAUGAUGGAAUUUACUCGAGGUAUUUUUUCUCCUUUGCUGUAAGUGGUAGAUACAGCUUAAAAGUACACGUCAGUCGCUCUCCUGGCAUACAUGUCCUCGCGCACUCUGCUCUAGGGAGUCGUGCCAUGUAUGCACCAGGAUACAUAGCAAACGGUAAUAUUCAGAUGAAUGCACCGAUAUACUCAGUGGGCAGGAAAGAGGAGCAGCAAAAGUGGGGUUUUAGCCGAACGAGCUCAGGGGGCUCCUUCUCAGUGCUGGGAGUCCCAGCUGGCCCCCACCCUGAUGUGUUUCCACCGUGCAAAAUUACAGACCUGGAAGCUGCCAGAGCAGAAGAGGAGGUGACCUUAUCUUGGACAGCACCUGGAGAAGACUUCGAUCAGGGCCAGGCUACAAGCUAUGAAAUAAGAAUGAGUAAUAGUCUACAGAAUAUUCAAGAUGACUUUCACAAUGCCAUUUUAGUGAAUACAUCAAAGCUAAAUCCUCAGCAAGCUGGCACCAGAGAGAUAUUUACAUUCUCAUCCACAUUUUUCAUGAAUACACCUGAAUAUCAACUUGUUGGAGAAACCCAAGACAGCCACAGAAUUUAUGUGGCCAUUCGAGCAAUGGAUAGAAACUCCUUAAAGUCUGUUGUAUCUAACAUUGCCCAAGUGUCUCUGUUUGUUCCCCCAAAUUCUGUUCCUGUGCUUGCCAGAGAUCGUCUUAUAUUGAAAGGAGUUUUAAUAGUGAUUUGUUCAAUAGGAAUGAUUUGCCUUAUUAUAGUUGCAACACAUUGUACUUUAAAUAGGAAAAAGAGAGCAGACAAGAAAGAAAAUGGAACAAAAUUACUAUGA